AUGAUGUUCUCUAUGGAGAAACGUUCUGGGCGCAGUGGGUCCGGGACGUCCGAGGAGUCUGAGAUGAACGGCGGUGGAGAGGUAGUGAAAGAGGGUGUGGCGUCGGACGAGGUCUAUUCAGCGGUGGCAGCGGUUUCUGACGAGAUCGGGGACAUUCUGAAGGAUGAGCUCGGCGACGCCGACCGAGCUGACAGGAUCGGCGCGGAGUUAGCCGAUCUGAGUGCGCAGCUCGGUCUAUUAGCCGGCUUAGACGACGACGACGAGCCGCAACAAGAUUUCCCGUCGCUCUUCGAAAUUGCUAUGAGCCAGCGGAAUUCGGGCAGUGGAUCAUCUUCCUCCUCUUGGUCGGGAGUUCGAAGGCGUAACUGCAGGCCUAGGGCUCCGCCGCGACGCAGGGCACCCUACCUCAGCAGCAAAGAGCAGGGCUGUCACCGUGCGCGCUCUGUGCAGGCGAUGCGGCUGCGCGCCGCGAUGGCGCGCCGCGUCGCACUCCGCUCGGGGCGGGGGCCGCCUUCGGACGCGUCCGACGUCGGCGCCGACUCCGACUCGGACGACCAGUGGACGGAGCUAGAGGACGCGUCUGGGCUGUCCGACACUUCAUCUGGCAAGGAGGCGGCCGGCGUCGAGGACAUGGACUGCAACGACUACCAGAAGGAGCCGCCGGCGGAGGCACCGGCCCUCGGCCAGUUCCUGCUGCCGCUCCUCAGCAGUGGCCCGAACCAGCCGGACCCUGAGCACUUCCUCAUCAGGCACGAGGACAUCCUUCAGCUGCUCGCCUCCGCAGAGGAAAGCGUCAGGGAGGAAAUGCCCAUUGAGGACGAAGAGGCCACCCUCGACUCUCAGCCGGAAGCAUUGCCUAGCAGCGAUGCGUUUGUAUACGAGGAGCCCCCAGUCACCCCCGAGGAGGAGGCUGCCUUGCUGCACUACGUCUGCGAGGCCGACCCGGCUGCGGAGGCGGAUCCCGGAUCGGAGGUUGGCUUCAGGCCGGUGGAGGAGUGGCUGCUGGGCGUGUUCCACUCUUGGUGCGAGAUCAGCGCGCUCAUGUACACCCUCAUCGGCACGGAGAUGAGCGUGGAGUCUGCGCGCUCCGAGUGGUGGUACCGCGCCUCGUUCGGCUGCCACUGCCACCUGUGCCUGUGCCUCGCCGACAACGCGCCCGCUCUGCACCGCUUCCUGCGCGCGCUGCUCUGGGCGCUGGCGCACGGUGGCAACACCACCGCUGCGGCGGGCAUCAUGCGGGCCCUGCGGCUCCGCGCGGGCUCCACCAGCCGCGCCUCCGAGUGGGACAUCGCGAGGCUGCAGAGGCUGCACUUCGGCGAGGACGGCGCGGCCAUCGUGCACGAGCAGCUGGGCAGGUUGGCGGAGCAGAGCGAGGUGGCCGGCCAGAUCGUCGCCAAGGUCUGCCUGUGCCGGGAGCACGGGCGGCCCCUCGAGAAGGAGUUCGCCGUGGAGAGGUUCUGCAAGAUAUUGGAGAACUUCAAGGCAGCUUCUAGCAUCACUUUCAAGGUGGAGAUGUCGGCGGCGGAGGGCGGCGAUGCGGAGUGGGUGGAGCACGCGCGGCGGCGUCUCGCGCGCUUCCUCGCGCCCCACCAGCGGGCAGCCACCGCGCGUCGCCUGCGCCACAUGGCGGCGCGCACCACGCCGCGGGACCUCGAGGCGUGGUCGGGAUACAAGCAUCGUUGCGACUGCCUGAACCCGAAGACGCUCUGCGCUCAGCAGAGGAAACAGCUGUUGAGCGACGUGUACUACAGGAUAUCAUUCUUCGGUAUGAUGCAAGCGGUGAACGAGUUCAACGGUGGUAAAACCGACGAGACCGGGGAAAAGUCGCCGAGCGAUCUCGAGCCGGACACUUCGGGGCGGGAGCUGCAGCAGGGCGACGGGACCGGUGCCAAGCCUCCCGAUAGCGACUGUCGGCCGACGUCGCCGACGAAGAGCGGCGAUGAACGCGACCUGAGCGACUCCAGCGCGGAUCUGGACGAGAUGUCGGCGUCCGACUCGGCGAGCGGCUCGGGCUCGGGCUCCGGCUCCGGCUCCGGGUCGGCGGCGGGCGGCGCGGGCGGGCUCUGCGGCGCGGUGCGGCGGCUCGUGCGCUCCAUAGCGGCAAUCGAGCGGCUCAUGGACCGCGUGCUGCGCCACUGCGCCGCGUGCCCACCGCCGCCGGCGCCGCACACCGCCACGCACAGGAAGCGCGUGGACCUCGGCCUGUCGGAGGUGGACCGCAAGCUGAUGGCGAUGUACCGCCGGCUGCCGGACGUGCACCGACGGCAGAUGCAGGUCUACCGGCGCCAGAAGAAGCUUUCCACGGUGUGCGCGCAGCUGGUGGGCGGUCCCGCGCCGGCUCCGCCCCCUCCGGGCUCGCCGCCGCCGCCCCCCCCGCACCAGCCCUGCCGCGCCCUCUGCCCAGAGUACCACCUGCAGCGGUUCAAGGAGGUGCGGCGCAAGGUGAUGCACAUGCGCGACCAGCAGCUCUACUACCACCGGCUGCGAAUGUGGCUGGAGGACCAGCUCGGCAACGAGAGCUUACCGAACAAAACCGUAAUUCUAGUCGAGGAGCUGCCGCGUCGCAAGCGGCGCACCGCCAGCCCGCGCGCGCCGCGCCUCGCCAUAGCGCCCAAGAGGAAGCUCAAGCCCGCCUCGCCCUCGUCUAGCAGCAGGCCGCACAGGGUGCUGCAAAUGCUCAAGCACAAGCUGCCGCUGCAGGCGGAGCACAAGGACGAGCAGAGGUCGGAGGCCGAGCCGCCGGAGGCGUUCCCCCUCGACCGCGAGGACAACGUGAGCGAGACGGAGACGGUCGUCGGCGAGCGGGACGGCGACAUGUGCAAGGACAUGAAGGACUGCCUCGCGAAGUUCGCCAACUUCGCGCUCGCCCGCCCCGAGCCGAAGGACGCGCCGAGCCAACAACCGCCCAAGUGCCCCGAGUCCGUCAGCCCGCCCCUGCAGGAGCCGUCCCCGACCACCGUCGCCCCGAUGCCGGUCUACUCGCCCAAGCCCAGCCAGCGGCUGCUCGCGGCCAACAAGCUGCUCAGGCGCAACGAGCUAAACGACAAGCCCAUCGACUUCCAGUCGCAAGCGCCCGAAGCCAUCAACGCUCCGAUCAACGCGUGCCGAACACCGCCGGCGGAGGGGGAUGAUGGGGGCGACGGCAAGCCAACCGAGGCGGACGGUUGCGAGCUGGUAGUGGACUCGGGCAAGGACGCGAGCGUCUACAAGUACGUGACCUUCGGCCUGGAGAUCAAACGCGCCAUGGAGGAGUGCCAGAACAUCAUAAACUCGUACAACAGUAUCAAGGACAGAGACGGGAAAGAGGGCGAUGAGGUGCAGGACGGGCCCCUCUCGCUGGAGCACAUAUGCGAGGUGAUGAUGAGCCUGGACAAGAACGCCGAAUACCUGGAGAGGAUGGACUUGGACGAGUCGAUAGACCUGGGCGCGGCCAACACCAAGCUCGCCGAGCUGGUGGAGAACAUGCCCCAGAUACUGGCGAACAUGCCCGAGAUCGCGUCGAAGCUGUCCGAAUUCGCGAACACCUCGUUCGAGCUGCCCGAGUUCGCGUCGAUCAUGAGCAACCUGCCCGAGAUGGGGAGCGAGGCGCAGCUCACCCCGGAGACCUUGAAGCAGAUACGAGAGCUCAAACUUAACAAGACGAGGGACGGGGUAAAGGUGACUAAGAACACCGCGAAGCGUAAGAACAACCGCCGUAACAAUUCGCGCAGCAACAUCGACCUGGCGAGCGAGGUGGUCGGCACAAUGACCUUCGAGCUGGACAGCAAGGAGCUCUCGGAGCUGCUGAACAGUGAGAAGGACUUCCAGAGCCUGAUGAACAAUAAAAACAGCAGGGAGGACUUGAAGGACCUGCUAUUCUCUAUUUCAGCCCAGGUUGUGAUAAACAAGGUGUUCGAGUAUGUCAAACAGAACAAGAGGCCGGAGCUGGUGAAGUGUCUGGAGGAGGAUAGAGAUCUGUUGGGUCAGAAUAUCCUCACCCCCGAAAUGUACACACGUGACUCGACCCUCUUCGAUAACUCGGUGAAGGACGCGCUGAGCAUGGAGGACCUGAGGGAGCUGGUUAGGUCCAGGUUCAAUUCCUGGAAGCACUACGUCGCGUCCAAGUUCAAAAACAUACCAAUGGAGCUGCUCGAGAACGAGAUCGAGAUUAUGCUCGAUAAGUUCCAGUCAUACAUACACGACCUGGCCGAGAAACAGUGCACGGGCGAAACCGACAAGAUAAGUGAGAAGAUAGAGGAAGUUAGAAGAAGCAUGGAAGACGACGGGGGCAACAGCGAGAGUUGCGCCGUGUCCAAGGAGUCGCUGAAACAGAUUACGAAACUGCUCAGCCCUCAGGCCGGCAACACGUUCGAUCUGCUAUUCAUGAAACUCUCCAAGAUGACCGAGGAUCAAAAGACGACGGUGAAAAGCCUGAAGUUCAAAUACAUCGACGUGGUUCGGAGGUGCAUCGACUCGCAGCAGCUGAUCAACUGGAUCCUGUCGGACCCGGAGACGGCGGCGGAGGUGAUCCUGGAGCACACUGGCUUGCCCGGGAAGAGGCCGGACAACGUUCCGGACUUCGCCGCCAUGAGCCUAGACAGGAAGAAGGACUAUUUCACGGAGCGACUGAGCGAAAUGAACCGGGUGUUCAUGCGGACGCUGCCGAAGAAAGCUCUCACGGGUGACGAGUGGCUCGUGAUGCUCUAUCGGCUGGAGCAGCUCGAGGAUUCGCUGAAGGACACCUUCGCCAAGGUCCCGCCGCCGGCGAGGCAGAGCGCGCAGACGCAAGCCGCCAGCGAGGCGGAGAUAUUGGCGGCCAAGGGCCUGAGCAAGAUCAUCGGCAAGGCGAACGCCGUGCGGGCCCCCAAGAAGCCCAGCGUCGAACCGAAACCCGCCAAGAAGGAAGAGAAGCCGGCCGAAGGGGCCGACAUCAAAGAGACUCCGAAGGACGACAAGGACGAUAGACGGAGCAAGAACGAGGCGCUGCUGGCCAAGUGCGAGGCGAUCCUCACGUCCAAGGGCGAGAAGGGCCUCCUCGACAGCUUCUACACGAUCAAGUCGUACAUCACGCAGGGCCUUCCCGUGCCUGAGACGUACAAGAAGCACGUGAUCUCGAUAUGCUCCAGCAUCGAUGCGAAGCUGCUCGACGAGGGCAUCGCGGAGACGCUGCGGCUGCGGCCCGACGGGGAGGCGGAGCCGGGGGCGGGCGCGGAAGCGGAUGCCGGAGCGGAGACGGGGGCGGGGGCGGACGCUCAGAGCCCCGAGAUGCUGGCGAAGUACUCGGCGCAGGCGCUGAGGAGCGCCAAGCACACGCUGAACGCGGUCGCCUUCAGGGGCGCGACGAGGAACGGCGCGAGCAGGUCCGAGAGCGACGCGUGCGACACGCCGCGGAGCGAGUGCAAGUGGACGAGCGACUGCGCGUGCAGCUCGUGCCGCGAGCCGGGCGCCCCCGAGGGGGCGAGGCAGCCGCGCCGCCCCGACCCCCCGGGGGGCGUGGACGACGCGAGGCGCCAGGAGCCCCCCAGGCAGCCGAAGCAGCCGCCCAAGCAGAAGCCGCCGGCGAAGGUGUGCGACAACGCGGCCCAUCAGCAGCACGUGUGCAAAGCGGUGGGCCACGGGGGGGGGAACGCGUGCGCCGGUGUCGGCGUCGGCGACCCGUCGUCUGACCAGCCCUGUUCCUGUUGCUACUGCACAGUCUUCGGCCACGCGCCGCCACUGACCACGCCCGUGCCGAGGAAUUUCAACGAGACGCGCGAGCGGCUGAGGUCUAUACUGAACAAGAAGAAGCUGAAAUGCAAAACGGCCAACGGCGAAACGCAGGAACCGGAGAAGCGGCAGCCGGUAGAGCAACCGACGAAGCAAGCGAAGCCGCCGGCGCUGCCGAAGACCCUGCCGCCAAGCACACCGUGCCGGCCCUCCGGCGAGUUGGCCGACCGCAUGGCCAAGAUGACCGUCUCCGACAAACCCAAGCAGAUCAUUCUGCGGGCAGUACCGCUGCCUGCCGUCCGCCCCCCAGGCCUGAGGGCAGUGGGGAGGGUCAACCCCAACGCGAUGGAGCUAAUUAGAUUGCAGCAACUGAAGCAACAGCAGCUCCAACAGCAGCAUAUGCAGCAACAACAGAAAAAACCCGAACCGAUAUACGAUCUUCCCAUACACAAUAAGCCGAGACUCACGCCGCAGCAAGAGAAAAGGAUUCAACAACAAAUGCAAAUACAACAGCAGCAGAUACAUCAUCAACAACAACAGCAAAUAUUACAACAGCAGCAGAUACAGGAGCAGCUGCAACAACAACAUAUAGAACAGCAACAACAACAUUUGGAGCAGCAACGACAACAUAUGGAGCAGCGACAACAAUUGCAGCAACAACAGAUGCAAGAGCAACAACAGCUGCAAAAGCAACAACAGCUGCAACAGCAACAACAUAGGGACACAAGUGUUUUCUCAACGUCUUCUGGAUAUUCCGGGGGCUCGUUCUGGCGCGGCGCCCGCACGGAGGACCCCCGAGACCUGGACGCCCUGCUGCAGUACAUCGAGGGCCCGCCCCGGCACGUGGACCGCAGCAAGAAGCGCGCCAAGAAGCAGCGGCAGCGCGCCAAGAAGAUGGAGAUGCGGCUGCUGGAGCAGCAGGAGGCGCUCGUGUGCGAGGUGAGCUACCUGAUGGGGCGCGCGGCGAGCCUCGAGGUGACGCUGGCGGACGCGACGCGCGGCGUGCAGGAGGCGAGGCAGGCGCUCGCCCCGUACCGCGCCAAGCGCAAGGGCAAGAAGCAGAACCAGAAUCCGGCGAUGCAGGCGAAGGUGCAGCUACUAGCGAGGCAGCUCGCCAACAUGAACCCAUUCAUCGCCACCACCGCCAAGGAGCUGCAGGCAGCCAAGCGGCAGGAGGAGGAGGCCCGCGAGCGACUGCGCCAGUGCAAGCGCGAGCUGGCCGAGGUGCGGGCCGCUCAGCGGGCCCUCGACCAGCAGCCGGAAAAACAGGAAGACACCAAAGAGGCGGAACCGGAGGUUGAGGAACUGAAGCCGCUGCCACCGCAGCUGCAGCAGCAGCCGCCGCUUCAGCAGAGACAACUGCAGGAAGCCAUGGGCAUGGUGGGCAUGGGCGGAGACGGAGGGGGCGUGGUGCGGGUGAGGCGCGCGGGGGAGGGGGUGACCCUCUCGGUCGUGCCGCUGGCUCGGCUCCAAGGUCUGAACGUGGCGGAGGCUCAGGCGCCCCAGCCCGCCCCGAAGCAGGAGCCGCAGAAGAAGCACACGUGGGAGCAGGCGCUCGCGCACAUGACCCAGCUCGCCAAGGCCAGCGGCAAGGUCAAGAAGAAACAAAAGGCGCCGCAACCAGCCAAAUCGGAGAAGAAGCAAGCCCCGAAGGAACAGCCAAAAGUCCAGCCACAGCCAGAGCCAGAGCCGGAGCCUGAGCCUGAGCCGGAGCCACCUGCCCUGUCAAAGAAACAGAGGAAACUCCUCGCUAAGCAGCAGGCGGAAGAAGAAGAGAGAAAGAAGCAACAGGAGCUGCAGCAAGCGGAGGCAAAGAGGAAAGCGGACAAAAAAGCCGCGGAGACACCGAAAUUCGAGACUGCGCCCGCCGUAAGCAAGAAAGCUGAAAAGAAAGCAGAAGCCAUCAAGAAGGCAGAGGAGAAAGUGAAAAAGAAGGAGGAGAAGAAGGAGAGCAAGAAGCAGGAGAAGGCCGUCGAAAAGAAAGGAAAGGAGAAUAAACAGGAGAAGAAUGCGACGGCGCCAUCGGCGAAACCUAAGCAGGCCAGUCAACAGCAACCGCAGCCCAGCAUCAAGAAGGAAAAGAAAAAGGAGCAACCGCAGCAACAGCAGCAACAACAACAACAACAACAACAGCAGAAACCACAGAUAAUCAACAUCACUCCGGACACCACCAUAGAGGUUGUUGGGAAGAAGAGCCCCUGCACGAACGAGACGGAGAAGCCUCCAUCAUGUAGCAUAAUGGAGCAGCUCAGCAGCGGUGUUCAAGUGGCGGAUCUGAAGCUUCCACCCGGCAUCACGCUGACCAGGGUUCAGCCCAGCGAGAAGAAGGAGCCGCCACCUAUCAAGUCAGUGCCGCUGUGGCGCUGUUCUGCACUGGCGGCCCCGCCCACGCAGCCCCGGCACCCGCCCGUCAUCGCCGCGGACCCCGCCGCCGCCGCCUUCACCACCGCCACGCCCGAGUGCUUCGCUCCGUUCCCGGACGCGCCCAAGGCCAUCAUAGUGCCGGAGCCCUCCGCCCACGCGCCCCCCGCCCCCAAGUCGAAGAAGGCGAAGAAGAAGGCCAAAAGGGCCGCCGCCGACGCGGCGGAGAGGAGGCCCGACGGCGCCAAGAUGGUCACGCUGCGCAACCCGAUGUUCCACCCGAACCUGCCGCCGGUGCAGCUGGGCGCGGCCGCCGCGCCCAAGAAGCCCGACAUCCGGGUGCCGGAGCCGAUACCGAUGCCGCCGGCCGCGUGCCAGGCCACCAUCACGCCCACCUCCAACGGGAUGUACACCAUCCGCAACCCGCUCAUGUCGAUGAUGCACCAGCAGAGCCUGAUGGGGCUGCGCGCGCAGGCGCCGAACGCCGCCGCGGCGCCGCUCAACCCGCUCUUCGGGCAGCCGCCGUUCGCGUACACCAACCCGAACGCGUACCCGGCGCCCGCUCCCGCUGCCGCUGCCGCGCCCGCCCCCGCCUCCGCGCCCGCCUCCGCCUCCGCGCCCGCCUCCGCCGCGUCGCCCGCUGCGGACGCGAGCGCCGCCGAGAGCGAGCUGCAGCAGCGCAUGCUGAAGCUGGCGUCGUUCACGCAGAAGAGCGACGAGGGCUACUCGCUGUUCGUGGCGCCGGAGGACAGCGGCCGGAGAGGCUUCCUGGCGACGCCGCCCGAGUUCAUCCCCGAGGCCCCCAAGCCGGUGCCCUCGCCCAGCCCGAUUGGCACCCGGCCGGGGGGCGCCAGGGCCGCCCACGCCGCGGCGCCCCCGCCCGCCCCCUUCGGGGGGGCGCUCUACUCGCCCUUCGGCCGCGAGGACACGAACGUCUUCAGGCACGCCCUCUUCAGCGAGCGCGGCGACGCACCUAACGGCAACGUAGCACAGGGCCAGGAGGCGGGCGUGGGCCACGUGGCGAACGGCGCGGACCCGCUGCCCUACUUCCAGCGGCUGAGGGUCGGCUCCAAGCUGAACAGCGAGGUGACCAUCCACCACGUGGCCGACUCCAAGUUCUACAAGGGCCAGGAGUGCGGACCGCAUGGGGACGAGUCCCUGUUCUCUCGCCCCGCGCCACCCUGGGCGGAGUCCAUCUACCACGGCGCCGCGAACGCGUCCUCGCCCAGCUCGCCGAGCUGCGAGCCCAGCGCGUGCUGCCCCACCCCGCCGUCGGAGGAGCCGCCGGGCGCCAUCGGCGAGCGCGCGCCCCACGCCCACCACGAGAGCAGCGUGUUCCUGCCGGACCGCACUAUCACUAACCUAUCCGCGCUGGAGGCGGCCGAGCGAGAGAUCGAGUCCUUCAAGCGGUUCGACUUCUACUUUGAGCCGCCGCGCCACAAGCCGCGCGUGCAGCUCGACGUGAACGCGCUGCGCCCCGCAAACAAG